AUGGCCGCGCCUCGCCCGCCGGCCUGCGCCAGCCCCGCGCCAGCGCGCCGCCGCGCGCUCGGCACGCUGUCCGCGCGCUCCGCUCCACCCGCGCAGCGUCCGCACCUGCUGCCGCGCACGCCCGAGCCGCAGCCGCCCGCGCGCCCCGCGCCAGCGCCCGCCAGCGCCGUGCGCCUGGACGCCCCGCACGCCGCCAUCGUCGGCUUCCGCGCCUGCUCCACGCCGACCCGAGCCGCCUUGCCGCGCGCCUGGGCCCGCUCGCAGCCGCACUGCUCGGGGCCGCCGCACUCGCGCCCGCUCCCGCCCAGCACCUGCGCCGGGCCCGCACGCCGCCGGAGCCGCGCCGAGCCGCACACGCGCCUGCGCGCCUGCGCUGGCUCACGCGCGCCGCCAGCGCUGCUUGCUCCCGUGCCGGCCUAG